AUUGUAAAAUAAGAAGAAAAAAUUUAUUAGGUUAGAAGAGAGUAAUUAAUGAAUAUUGAAAAAUUAUUUAAAAUUUAUUAGCUACUUGUAUUUCCUCUAAUGGCAUUCAAGUCAGUAAAAACACUUGGAAACUAUAUCAAGCCAACAAUUUUGGAUAAGGGUAUAGGUGCCCAACUUCCUGAGGCAUACAAAAAGUUUUAUAAGGAAUGGAAAUUGACCGAACCAACUGCUGUACAUUAUAUUCCAGAAUCUGGAAAAUGGAAACGAGAUGAUGUAACUGGUGAAGUAACGCCAAUACAAAAUAUUCCAAUACCAACAUUUCUUCCCAAAGAAGCAAAUGAUCACAUUUGGGGUGGAGAAGAAGUUGUCCAAGGUUUUGAAGUUCGAAAGGAACGUCGUAGAAGAGUUCCUCAUUUUUGGGUUCCUAUAUUGAGGCGAACAGUUGUCUAUAGUGAAGUGCUGAAUAAAUACAUGUCUGUUAUUGUUACCGAUAGGGCCAUCAAUCUAAUAAAUGCACAUUAUGGAUUCGAUCACUAUCUCUUGAAAACUCCUGCUUGUGAUUUAAAAUCUUUAUUACCACUAGUCCUCAAGAGGAAAAUUUUACAAGAAUUAGAUAAAGGUUGCCCCGCAUACGCUGAUAGACCAGAAAAACAGGAACAAAUUCUCAAACGGUACCAAGGAUAUUUAGCAGCAUAUACUCGCGAAGAAAUUGAAUGGUAUGGUUACUCAUUUGAUGAGGCUUGUAAAAUAUGGAAGGAUAGAAUGGAGGCUGAGAACCAAAAGAAAAUUGUUCCCUUGAAACAUGUAUUACGAUCUCAACUGAUUGAGUCAUUGAAAGCAGCCUCUUCAAGCGAUUCUUUGAGUAAUCCAGAUCGAAUUGAAGCUGGAGAUACCGGAAGUUCUGCAUCUUGGCUGGAGAAAAUCAAUCCCUUUGGAAAGAAACGCGAGACUUGAAAAUUUUCAACAUCCAAGUUUUAGUUAUUGUUUCUGUUGAAAUCCAAUAAAAAAUCUAAAAUUACAAAUAUUA